GUCUCCAACUUUCAGUUGCUUUCGAGCUGCACAAGGCGACGGUUGAAGUUUUUGGCGCUUACCGGUUAGGGAAAAAAAAACAACUUCCACAGAAAGAAAAGCAAGAGAGACUAUCUCUAGAGAGAGAGCAAGAGCAAGAGCGAGAGCGAAAAGUGAAAGACCGAGAAACCAGCGAAGAAUUCUUCGUGCGCGAUCGCCGACUUGAAAUAACUUCAGUUGCCCUGCAGAAUUCCCAGCGAACGGUUCGUUCAGCGGAAAAUCGCGUCGCGUUUUUGCUAAAAAAAAAUAUUUCACUUAUUUUUUUUUUUAAGUUCGGUGCUUUCGGUGCAGUGUGUUCUGUUAUUAUUAUUAGUUACAACAAUUAUUUUUUUUUUUGGUUUUUAUAAAUAAUCGAACCCCGAACUUCCUGUGGCAUGUCGAGGCAGCAAGUCAAACAAUCCCAAACUCGUGCCAAGUGCUAAAAAAAAUCAUUCAAGGAAGUUCCAAAAGUGUGCGAAAAAAAAGGUUUUCAAAAAUCCCGCAAAACCAAAAAAAAUAUAAAAAAAAACCUAAAAAAAUUAAUAAGGAAAAAUUAAAAAAGUAUAAAAAAGGAACUUCGCCUAACAGGAGGUGUGAGCGAGAGAGCGACAAUGCAUCGCACGCAGCCGUCGCUGCCAAUGCCGCUGCUGCUGGCUCUGGCGUUGGCGUCGGCGCUGGCUUUUGCGCAGGCGCAGUCGCAGAAUAUAGAUAUUGGAUGCAGUUUCCCUGGCUCACCGGCGCAUAGCAGCGUUGUCUUUACCAAUGCGAAUCUCACCCAGGGCACAGUGGCCUCCUACAGCUGUGAGCGGGGUUUUGAGCUUUUGGGACCGGCGCGGCGUGUCUGCGACAAGGGGCAAUGGGUGCCAGAGGGCAUUCCGUUCUGUGUUUUAAACGUUGCCGCUGGAAAGGCUCCCAUGCAGAUUUCCACUGAUGGCGCUGGUGCUCCACAAAAGGCCAUUGAUGGAUCGACGUCUGCCUUCUUCACGCCAGAGACCUGCUCCCUGACCAAGGCAGAGCGUUCGCCCUGGUGGUAUGUCAACCUUCUGGAACCCUACAUGGUGCAGCUGGUCCGUUUGGACUUUGGCAAGUCUUGCUGUGGCAACAAGCCAGCCACUAUAGUCGUGCGAGUGGGCAACAACCGACCGGAUUUGGGCACCAAUCCUAUCUGUAAUCGUUUCACUGGACUCCUGGAAGCUGGACAACCACUCUUCCUGCCCUGCAAUCCCCCAAUGCCCGGAGCUUUUGUCAGUGUCCACUUGGAGAAUAGUACACCCAAUCCACUGUCCAUUUGCGAGGCUUUCGUCUAUACGGAUCAGGCUCUGCCUAUCGAAAGGUGUCCGACAUUCAGAGAUCAGCCACCAGGUGCUUUGGCCUCCUACAACGGCAAGUGCUACAUCUUCUACAACCGCCAGCCAUUGAACUUCCUGGAUGCCCUGUCCUUCUGCCGCUCCCGUGGCGGAACUCUGAUCAGUGAAAGUAAUCCGGCGCUGCAGGGCUUCAUCAGUUGGGAGCUGUGGCGACGUCACAGGAGUGAUGUUAGUUCCCAGUACUGGAUGGGAGCGGUACGCGAUGGUGGCGAUCGUAGCAGCUGGAAAUGGGUUAAUGGCGAUGAACUGACUGUCUCCUUCUGGAGUCAUCCUGGUGGCGAUGAGGACUGUGCCCGUUUCGACGGUUCCAAGGGCUGGCUGUGGAGCGACACCAACUGCAAUACGCUGCUGAACUUCAUCUGUCAACAUCAACCGAAAACCUGUGGACGACCAGAGCAACCGCCUAAUUCCACAAUGGUGGCCUUGAAUGGUUUCGAAGUGGGUGCCCAGAUCAAGUACAGUUGUGAUGCCAACCACCUGCUGGUGGGUCCAGCCACGAGAACAUGCUUGGAGACUGGAUUCUACAAUGAGUUCCCGCCCGUGUGCAAAUAUAUCGAAUGUGGUCUCCCAGCUAGCAUUGCCCAUGGAUCUUAUGCUCUGCUGAACAACACUGUGGGCUAUCUGAGUCUGGUGAAGUACUCCUGCGAGGAGGGUUACGAGAUGAUAGGACGAGCACUGCUAACCUGUGACUUUGAUGAGCGAUGGAAUGGACCACCACCCCGUUGUGAAAUUGUGGAAUGCGACACGCUGCCUGGCAAUUACUACAGCACCAUUAUCAAUGCUCCCAAUGGCACGUACUAUGGAUCCAAGGCGGAGAUUAGUUGUCCACCCGGAUAUCGCAUGGAGGGACCUCGAGUGCUUAGCUGUUUGGCCAGUGGUCAAUGGAGCAGUGCCCUGCCACGUUGCAUCAAACUGGAGCCCUCAACACAGCCCACUGCCGCGCCAACUGUUCCUGUACCCUCGUCGGUGGCCACACCACCGCCCUUCCGUCCUAAGGUUGUUAGUUCCACGACUAGUCGCACUCCAUAUCGCCCAGCGGUAUCUACAGCUAGCAGUGGCAGUGCCACCAGCACAGUGGGCACGUAUCCAAGUCUCAGUCCCACGCAGGUCGAGAUCAACGGCGAAUCUGAAUCCGAGGAGGACAUUAAUGUCCCACCAGUGCCUGGAACAGUACGCGAGGAGUUCCCACCGCGCCGCACUGUCCGACCAGUGCUUAUCCCGAAACCCAACAGCACGCCGGCAGCUUUGCCACCUACCACCCACCACGUGCCACCUCAACCGCCGUCCACCUAUGCACCAACACCGCCACGCAGCUCGCGACCAAGUGGUGCACCCGGCGGUGGUGCAGUGGAGACAACCACACGGAAUACUCAGCAGAUCAUUGCCAAUUCACAUCCACAGGACAACGAAAUCCCCGACAGCGUUAAUAUCCAGCAAAAUCAAUCGCCCAAUGUCAAUGUGCCCUUCGCCGUUGACAAUCCCGAUCGCAAGGAGACCAAGGAGGCUAAGCUUAAUUUGGGAGCCAUCGUUGCUUUGGGUGCUUUCGGUGGCUUUGUUUUCCUGGCCGCCGUCAUCACCACGAUCGUGAUCCUUGUCCGAAGCACCCCGAACAGCCAACGGCGGCACCUAGCCAAACACUUAACCGCUUACCAACAUCAUCAUGCUCAUCAUCACCACCACCAGCAGAUCCAGCAGUUCCAUCAGCAGAACCAGCACCAGCACCACCAACAGCAGCAGAAGCAGAAGCAGCACCACCAGAAGUACAACAACCAGAAGUACUACCAACCACAAACGAAGAAAAGCCAGGGAAUCGGAAUCGGGAAGGUUGCCGGGAUCGGGAUCGGGAUCGGAAUACCGCGGCCCAGUCGAUUGCCCAGCUAUGCCACGGCGACGGCCACCAGCGCCACCAGCUAUGCAUCCACAGCCCAAUUAACCCAACUGUUUGCUGGUGGUUCUGGGUCAGCAGGUGCUGCUGGCUUAGAGGGUUGUGGCUAUGGUAGCAUCGGUUCGAGUGGUGCUGGUGGUCCGACUCAGCCGGGUUCAUCCAUGUGGUAUAGCGUUUUGGCUUUGCCCUUCGAUGAUCAGAAGCUUGGUCGACGGGAAUUCAGCAGCUAUGGUCGUGGCUAUCGCGCCCGGGCCGGACUUUUCAGCAGCUCCCACAUAAAUCGAACCACUCAACACUAUCGCCAUCGCGCCUCACCCGACUGCAAUACGGUGGCCAGCUUCGAUAGCUCCACCUCCGGAUCACGCAAUGGACUCAACAGGUACUACCGCCAAGCCUGGGAGAACCUGCACGAGUCCGCCUCGAAGAACAGCUCACACAACGCCCUCCGCCGCAAGGAAACUCUCGAUCCGCCCAGCAUGACCCGUUCCCGCGACAAUCUGCGUGAUAAUAUGCAGCGAUCCCGCGAAAAUCUUGACAGAUGCGGCAGGGACAAUUAUGGCAUGCGGGAUGACUCCGAAAUGGUGGUGUCCUCGGUGGUGUCAGAUGUGUGUUUGAAGGGCGAAAAGAAACGCCAUCAUCACCAUCACCACAAGAGCAGCUCCCGCAAUGGCGACUAUCGCGAUCGGGAUCAGUCAUCCGGCAGACGCGAACACCACCGACACAGUGGUGGUGGCGGUGGAGGCGGUGGUGGCGGUCAUUAUUGACCAACCAUGGUCAUCACCAUCAACGUGGAGCGGCAGUAGCCAAUCGAAAGUCGAGGCCAGCAGUCGGUGUAGAAAUCGGAUUCGGAUUCGGAUUUGGAUAUGGAUUUGGAUUUUUCGUAUAUGGAUUCAAAUUCGGAAAUCGGAAAUUGCAAUCUGAGUGCUGCAAAAGCGAGCGCAACAACGAAACGUUUUUUGUUUAAUUUUAGCAACAGUUUUUUUUCGCGCUUUAGUUAUGUAAGCCAGUUGAUGGAUCACCCGUGUGGGGUUGAUCGAGAAUAGGGUUCGGCAAAUGUGGAGGAGACUUUUCUGUUCAUAGUGAAAAAAAAGGAAACAAAAUGUUAAACAAACAGCGCAAGAGAUCCUUUAACUUGCAAGUCAAUACUUAGCUAUAUAAAUACUCGUACAUGCGACAUUUUAUCGGGGCAAAAUACUGAGGCCUCUGAAGAUUUAAGAACCAUAUUUUAAAUUUAGAGAUUGUAGGGCAAUGUUAAAAUAGAUGUCUUGUUAAAUAUGCCUUCAUUUAGUUCACAAAUUUGAACCAAUAUUAAUUAUAAAUUAAUUACAUAUUUUUUUAUAAGAACUCAAACCCAAUAAUGUCUAGAUUUUGAUGGUUUUUAAAGCUUCAGAAGCUUUAUAAGUAUCUAUGCACUCGUGCUAAGAUUUGGUCCGAACUCGUAUAAUUUAUUCGCAAAGCUUUCGUAAGGUUCUUAGUUAAAUUUUCUCUAUGAAUUAGUUGUAUGUAAAGGCAUGAACAGGGCAAAAAGGCGAGGCGUAGUUAUUAGUUGCAAGGCACCAGGCACCCACACCCACUUCCCAAUCCUUCACCCAACCACCACACACCCACUUUCACCCAGCAAGCAGAUCACACAGCUGCAGCCAAAUUAUGUGCAACUUGGUUUCGUUUGAGGUCUCAAGCCAAAUCGACUUGCUCAUAGUCGCAAAUUAGUUACGUAAACACUUACACUAGAUAGAACUAUCCAUCCAUUCCUCGAUAAAAAUCCCAAAAAAACAAUCACACAACACACCAAUCACAAUUGUCGAAAUAUAAAAAAGUGCAGCAUAUAAUAUCGUAGUACGUGUGCCACAGAACUUACUGUAUAAAAAUCUGCACAGAAUCGAACGAGUAUAUAUAUUUAAAAAGAAUAACCCAAACCAAGCUGCACCAUUCCAUUAUUUUUUUUACCUACCCAUUAUGUAUGUGUAUCGCCCUGUAUUUCUAUUUCUAGAGUCUUGUAAUUUGUAGAUUUUGUUUUCGAGUGUGUAUCGUCGAGCGGUCCAGUGCUAAAACACCGCUUAUAGUAUGCAAUAUUAUUUGAAUUUCGUGCAUUAUUUUCCAAUGUAA